GAUAGUUGAGCAGGAGCAGGAUCACACUAACAAGCACAAAGGUGAAGGAUCAGUAGUGGUGUUUGAGUUGAGCAAUUUACUGCCUCCUGCAAUAGUAUUCUUGACCUAAAGGAAGUGAGAGGACUAGUCCACAUACAUAAAAAAGGAGUCUUUGCAAUCUCAGUGCUUCCAUCUUUUCUCCACCUUGUUGGCAUCUUAUCUGGUUUUGGUCGGGGAACCAGAAAAGCUAGAGAAAACUUACAAUGUGGGUGGAGUGGAGACCGGUGGUGGGAAUGUUAGCCUUCGAUCUCAUCACAGCUGUGAUGACCGCGCUGGUGAAGAAGGCGCUGGAGCGGGGGCUGGACCGCCUGGUUCUCGUCACACUUCGGCAGCUGGUCGCCACCAUCUUCCUUGCUCCCAUAGCCUAUUUCAAAGAACGGAGCACGAGGCCCAAGCUCACACUGGAGAUUCUGGCAUACUUAUUCUUCAGUGCCGUGUUCGGCGCCGCGCUCUCGCAGUACACCUUCUUCUACGGGCUGCAGUACACCACUGCCACAUUUGCCAUAACCUUCAUCAACCUCUCUCCUGUGCUCACCUUCCUCAUCGCUGUCGUGCUGAGGAUGGAACCGCUGAAGGUGAAAAGCACGGCGGGGGCAGCAAAGAUCGCCGGGACGCUGACUUCGCUCGCCGGCCUGCUUCUGCUGAGCCUCUACAAGGGCGUGCCACUGGCGCAGCAAGCCGCCACUGCACUGAGCCCGGCUGCUCACAACACAGAUGGCGGUGGCAACAGGAGCUGGAUGCUAGGCACCAUGGCGCUACUGGCCAACUGCUUGUUCUUCUCCUUCUGGCUGCUGCUGCAAACCAGGCUGACCAAGAAGUACCCGGCCAUCUACUCCAGCACCGCUCUCAUGUUCUUCAUUAGCACGCUGCAGGGUGGGGUGCUCACUGUGGCCGUCGAGCGGCGCGCCUCAUUGUGGAUGCUCACCAACAAGCUGGAGAUCAUCACCGUCUUGUAUGCAGGGAUCAUUGGGUCUGGAGCCGGGUACCUGAUAAUGACGUGGUGCGUGGAGAAGAAGGGCCCGGUCUUCACUGCAGCGUUCAUCCCCAUCAUCCAGAUCAUGGUGGCCACCAUCGAUUUCUUCUUCCUCCAUGAGCAAAUCUACCUUGGAAGGUAA